GCUGUAUGUUAUAGGACGAUCGAAAGGAAUAUCAUAAGUCAGUAAAGGAAUUGAAUCUGAGGUUAUUUUUAACUCAACGAUUAGAGGUACACACAAAAUAAUGAUGAAUGAAAAAAUGACCCACUGUGCCUAAAUCAGAACUUUUAACAUGGAUAUUUGCAAACCAGAAUGGAAUACAUACAGUUUAUGACGAUAGUGACUCUUGUGACUCUCUGUCAAGCAACACCUUUCUGUUCUGACAAUCAAGUAUAUCACUCAAAUGGAAACUGUUGCCAGUAUGUCCGCUGUGAACCUCAGCAAUUUGUGAAAGUCUGUGAGAAUAACGGUGAAGCAGAUGUCUGCCAGUCGUGCCCUGAGGGUACCUACCUCGAUGAUCGCACGGACAGCAACUUCAUCUUUGACUGUCUAGAGAGGAACUGUGGAGAAGAUACAGUACCGUCCGAUUAUCCGGCGACUAAAUUUGACAACACCGCUUGUGCCAAACGGUGUCGUUGUAACACUGCAAAAAAUUAUUGUGGGACAGAUCCAUGCCAAUGUCGACAUCAUUUAUGUGUCCACCCUGAGGAAGUGCUCCAAGAAAACUGUACCUGUAUCAGGAAAGAAAAAGGAAAUGAAGGUACAAAUCUUAACACACCAUCGACCAAAUCAUCAACUAAAGAACAGGAAAAAGUGUCUCAUCGUCCAACAACUGGUCCUACAAUAAAUUCUACCACCUUUGGAAGACCAACCGUAGCCAAUGAUACUAGGCACUGGACAGAUGAUCACACCAAAUCACCGCUUUCUUUACCAGGCUAGCGGUUCAACUGGGUAGAUGUACCAAUCAGAACUGUCUUCUAUGUACAGAAAGCAAUAUUUGUAUCCUGUGCCCAUGCGUGUCCUUAUAAGAAGAAUAGAAUGAUUUAUGUUAUGUAAAGUCUACUAUGUUUCCUGUCUAAAUGUUCGUCUGUAAUGUCUGUGUCUUGUGAUGUCUAUAUGUUUUUGUAAUAUUCCUGUGUUUUCCAUUACCAUCAUUAUUAAAAUUU